CCAAGCAAUUCAGGGGGAUGCUCGUGAGAGCACACUCCUCCCUUCCCAGGUCCCCCAGCUCUGGAAAUUCCAGUCUGUCGAGUUAUGAUGGUUUCCCCAGCUGACAGGACAGCAAACACACUUGUGUUUUUCCAGACCCUUUUCUGAUCUCUUUCCCAAGACCUUUUCAGCUGCUAACCUCAGUUAGCAGUUGAAACAGUUGAAACAGCUGUUAACAACAGUUAACAGUUAACAACAGCUGCUGGAAAGCUCCUCCCUGAGGGAGGAGAGAAGACCUCAUUGAUUUUACAAGAAUAAUUUCACAACACACAAACAAACCAGGACUGUGCUGCUGCCGGGCGAGGAAGGGUGUCUGCAAACAAGAGCUGUGUGCAUGACCCCCAGGGCUGUGCUGGAUCAUGUUUGCCUGUCGUUUGCCCUGGUGGAGAUCCAGUGUCACCUGCAAGUCGUGGCAAUCAGGUCACUUUGUGCCUUGGGGCAGCUGCCAAAUGCUGACUGUUAAAGGAGUCAACACGACUGUGGGGCAGGAGCAACAGGCCGGCAUGAAGGAAAAACAAAUGUUAGAAGAUUCGGAAAUGCACCUCACAAGGAGAGACGCAGAGGCCCUCUUCCAAGAGCAGCCUAAGACUGGGAACCCGUACUUGGAAGACACUUUGCUUCAGAGUUACUUGAAAACACACCUUCCUCUCAAGGUCCUGGAGGAGAUGCAUCAGAACCUGGAGAGGUUUGGAAAGCGGCUGCUGAACGAGAUCCAGCCUCUGGGCUGGGAAUGUGAGCUGAACCCCCCCGUGUUCCGGCAGUUCGACGCCUGGGGGCGGCGCGUGGAUCACAUCCACACCUGCUUGGCGUGGAGGAGGAUGAAGGAGAUUUCAGCGGAAGAAGGGCUGAUUGCUGAGGCCUAUGAGAGAAGAUACACCCACUGGAGCCGCCUGUACCAGGCUGUCAAACUGUACUUGUUCUCAAGCUCCUCUGGAGGUUUCAGCUGUCCACUGGCCAUGACUGAUGGGGCAGCCAAAGUCAUUGAGUCACUGGGGAUUCCUGGGUCUCUGAAAAAUGCCUUUGACCGUCUGACAUCCCGUGACCCUGAGAUGUUCUGGACGUCUGGCCAGUGGAUGACGGAGCGAAGGGGUGGCUCCGAUGUCGCAAAUGGCACUGAGACCGUGGCCAGGAAGCAGCCGGAUGGCUCCUAUCGUCUGUAUGGGUUUAAGUGGUUCACAUCAGCAGCUGAUUCUGACAUGGCACUGACCCUGGCCAGGAUAGCAGAUGCUGAAGGACAGUGUACCCAGGGCUCCAGAGGCCUGUCCUUGUUCUUCCUGAGGGUUCGGGAUGAGCAGGGGAAGCUGAACAACAUCCAGGUGCAAAGGCUGAAGGACAAGCUGGGCACGAGGCAGAUGGCAACAGCAGAGCUGUGGCUGCAAGGAGCCAGAGCAGAGCUGAUCUCUGCAGAGGGCCGGGGAGUGGCCGCCAUCGCCAACAUGCUGAACAUCACUCGGAUCCACAACGUCAUUGGGGCAGUGGCUGCCAUGAGAAGGAUGAUCAGUCUGAGCAGGGACUACGCCUGCAAGCGCGUGGCCUUCGGGAAGCUGCUCAAGAACCAUCCCCUGCACGUGCAGACAAUGGCCCGGAUGGAGGUGCAGGUGAGAGGGGCGUUCCUGCUGCUCAUGGACAUCGUUCGCCUGCUGGGCCUGACUGAAACCAACCUGGCCAGUGAGCAGGAGCAGCUGCUGCUGAGGCUGCUCAUCCCAGUGGCCAAGCUGUACACAGGGAAGCAGGCUUCUGCUGUGGCUAUUGAGGCAAUGGAGAGUUUUGGGGGCCAGGGUUACAUGGAGGACACAGGCUUGCCAGUCAUACUCCGGGAUGCUCUGGUGCUGUCCAUAUGGGAGGGAACCACCAAUGUCCUGUCCCUGGAUGUGCUGCGGUCCCUGGCCAAGAGCCAAGGGCAGGUGAUGGCUGUGUUCCUGUCCACAGUGAAGAAAAAGCUGGAGCUGGCUUCAGGCAUUAAGGAGCUGUCCCCAGCGGCACAGAGGGCACAGGAAGCCAUCGGGAGCCUCCAGCAGUUCAUGACAAACAUGGGCAUAGGGCGGGCACUGAGCAUGGAGCUGGCAGCCAGGGACUUCUCCUACAGCCUGGCACGGAUCUACACAGGCAGGGCAACACGGGAA